UGAACUAUAUAACUCAUAUGGCAACAUCCCUGAACUAAUAUGUGUUAUGUUACUAACACCUCAACAUAAUUACAAUAGCCAUUAAAGUGUAUCAGACUUGUAAUCCGACAAUAUUCGAUGAUGUGUAGCAUGUUAUGACAUGUUAUAAUAUUUUAUAACAUGUAUAACAUGUCAUAACAUGUAUUUUGAUUUAACAUGCAUUUUGAAUACUUGGUCUACGUGGUUUCAUUUUGUUUUGUUUUUAUCAUUUGGAUAUAUGUUAUGAUCCAUUUCUCAUUAAAAAAAAUUACUGCAUGAUGCCGAAUUUCAAAUCCAGCACAUUUUUUCAGUAUCAAAAUUAUAUGUAUAGUGUUAGCGACAUAACACAUAUUAAUUCUGGAAUAUAGUCCUGUGAUUCAUAUAUUUCGUAUAGUUUUCAAUAUAUUGCUUUUGUUUAAAUGUGUGGUUAUAUGGUGGUGUAUUAUUCGUGUAUCUGCUAAUCAAAUUUUCUACAAUAUGAAAAGAUUUUUUGCGUUAGGCCACACAAGUUAUUUUAAAUUUUUAAAUUUUUAGUUUAGUAUUAAAAUUUAAUUAUCUUAUCAAAUAUUAAAUAUAAUACUUUAUUCUUUAAAUUUUCAGUUUGAAAACCUCAUGCGUCAACAAUAGAUAUGUUUCUAGCCAUUAGGUUGGGGGUAAAACUAAUAGUGGUAUGGCCAUGUAGGUAAAUAUAAUCAGCAAAACAGUUGUCAACAUUACGGUUUUCCUACUAAAAACUACCGUAGGAAUCAAAGACGCAAUUCUCGUGAUAAAUGGACCAGGACGAAAGAAAAAAAUUGCAGUAUAACAAACUUAUUAUAAAUAAAUUUAAAGGAUUAAAAAUGGUCAAGAGAAACUGUAAUUAAACUAAAAAUUUAAUAUUGAUAUAAAAAUAGUAGUAAGUAUUACAAUUUCUCUUGACCAUUUUUAAUCCUUGACCAUAUUUAGUCAAAUACAAUCUAUCUUGACCAUUUAGUAAGUAACAUAUCAAUUAAUUAAUGUAACACUUUUGUCAUCAUCAUAGUCAUACAUAAUUUUGGUGGCAAAAGUGGUAUAUUAAUCCAUUAAUAUGAACUAUGCUGAUGCAGUGAAUGGAGACUCAUUUGAUAAAAAAGAAGAGAAAGUAACGUACGUGGCUGCUCUAUACUAUAUAACAUAGCCAGAGAGAGUCGUGUUCUGUCGUCUUCAAGUGAAUUGAGAAAGAAGCAAAGAGAGAGAGAGAGAGAGAGACAGAGAAGAUAUGAAGAUGAGUGGAUCUGAUGAAAAGAUUCUUCUACUGAUGGGUAUGGUGGUUUUAACAGUCGCAGUGAGGGCUAUAGAUGAAGACCCUACCGGGUUCGUGACAUGGGGACAUAAUUACUACAAAACAUGGGGACAACCAGCUUUGGUUAUUAACGAAACCUCUGAGCUCCACCUCACCCUCGAUCAUAAAUCUGGGUCGGGGUUUGAAUCAAACUCGAUAUACGGAUCAGGAUCUUUCAAUAUGAGAAUCAAGGCACCCCAAACCAAGUCUACGAGAGUCGUUACUUCCUUCUAUCUAAUGUCCAAAUCAAGCCGCAAUGACCAGCUAUGUUUCCAGAUUUUUGGAAAUGGGCCAGCUUAUUUGCUGAAUACAAAUAUAUUUAUAAACGGUGAAGGAGAUAAAGAUCAGAGGUUUCAUCUUUGGUUUGAUCCAACAAAAAAUUACCAUUCAUAUAGGUUUCUUUGGAACCAACAUCAACUUGUGUUCUAUGUAGAUGAUACACCGAUCCGAGUGUACAGGAAGAAUCCAGGCAUUUCGUACCCAUCUGUGCAAACGAUGUUUAUGCAUGGGAGUGUGAAAAACGGAUCGAUAGUUGACCCCAAGGAGAUGCCUUACACUGCUGAGUUCCAGGCAUCAACUAUUGAUGGGUGUGUAACUGAUUUUUUUGGUAUACAAAAAUGCUUUGGUCCUGAAUUUUGGUGGAAUCGCAAAGAAAAUUGGCAGCUGAGCUCUAGAGAGAGAAAACUGUAUAUGAAUGCAAGGAAAGUGUACAUGGACUAUGACUAUUGCUCUGACAGAAAGCUAUAUCCAGAGGUGCCUAAAGAAUGUAAGUCACAAUUAGCGAAAAUUUAAUACUUCAUUCGCCACAAAAACGGAAACCGUUGAAAUAAUAAUAAAUGUUACUGUAACAUUGUUUUGUAAUACGAUGUUACUAUCAAAUAGAAAGUAUAUCAAUCAAAAUAACUACUUUAUUGCCAUCGCUGCUAGCUAUAUUGAUACGCCUCGUUAAAAAGCAUGGAUCCGAAGAUCCGAAUUGAAACUGAAUUGAAAUAACUGAAAUCAAAAUUGGACUGAAACUUUGGCAGUUCAUAAAACUUUAUAUCCAAAAUAAUCACAAAUGGAAGUUUAAUUCCUAAAGAAACACUUCAUGAAGCCUCCGAAAAUUGAUUAAUUUAUUUCUUCAUUUUCUACAUGACUCGAAAGGUGUCAUAUUGAAACCAAGAAAUAUAGCCUGCAGAUAUGGAGCUGGAGCUUCUAACUAUGAUGAAUGCGAUAAAUUAUGGAUAUGAUGUCGGAAAUAGACCAAAUUUUAUAUCACCCUUCAAUUCAAAAUAGCAAAAGCAAUGUCUCCUUGCAUAACAUGGAUUCCAAACAUUAAUGAUCUUUAUGUGAAUAAAUCAAACCGAACCGAUAAUCAAACGAAUAUUUAAAAAUAUAAAAUAUAAAUUAUACAUACAUAUAACAUAGGGAUAAUUUGAAAAUACUUUAUUCAUGAUUUUUAAUUUGAAAAAUACAUCUCUCUUUUCUUGUUUUGAAAACUACUCAUUUUUCUAUGUGAUAGGACAUCUUUACCCAAAUAAUCUAAAGUUUCCUAUGGCUUCUGGUUUUAUUGGGCCAUUAAUUAUAUUAUCAUAUUGGCCCAAAUAAUCUAAAGUUUGUUUCAGUGAGAUGCUAUAGAAGAGAGUUGAGUCGCAGUGUCCCUUUGGAACUCAUCAGAUCCAAGCAUAACGUUUUUAGUUUCUGUUUUUCUUCCUCAUUGUCAUCUACGGUAACCGAUUGCAACUCCGCCUAUAAAUUUGUGUUGAAUGCGAUGAACGGCUUCAAACUUUGUCAAGCUCAGAUUCUUUGGCUCCUACAACGAUUUCAGCUUCUCGAUUCCCACCUUCUCCAUCUCUCCUCUUAACGAUGAUGAUUCUCUCUCUCUCUCUCUCCCAGCCGCUUUGUAAUGCCCCGACCUGUCCACGGCUAAUGGGCCACCCACACCCGCUCUCUCGGUUCGUGGGCCCAUCCCGUCUGACGAUCGGUCCGUUAAUUUUCCAAAAGCUCGAAAUCACUAUUUACUGACCCUGCAAUCACCACCCGACCUUUUCCUGGCUUCACUCGUAUACUAUCGCGAAUCACUUCCCAAUAGGUCACCCAUCUUUCCACUACUCCAGUUCAAGCACGUUUAACUCUGGAGUUCUUUCAGGAUGUGCUCCGGAAAAGGUAAGUCAACUUUGGUGACAUAGGUAGCCAAAUUAAUUUUCUUAAGCCUUUCUGUAUAUCACAACUCUGGAUGUUAACACGCUUCCUCCGAGUCAGCUGAAGUCCACGGCAAAAGCACUUGUCCGCUUCGAGACAACUAAGCCGCGCCCAUAAAGGGAAGUUAGCGUAGAUACGAAGUCAGGCCCAUGUAAGCCUAUUUUGUAUACUUUUAAUUACCUUUGCGCCUUUUUAGUUUCCACUUAAACUCGAGAGAAACUGUUAAUGUAGUUAUGGAGGAUCAGAACAAGAAUGUUUGGCUAUGGAGUUAUGUCGCUGCAUCGAAAAACAAAAAGCUCUAUCUUUGACGUAUCUCUCACUUCCGUUGUGCUUUGUCUCGAGGUGUUAAUGAGACGUGAUACCUGAUGAAUGCGCUCACUUAAUUUGGGAGAGGAGGAAGACAGACGAAGACGUUGGAGGAAUUAGACCACAUAAGCUUUCUCUGUGUUGAAGGAUAUAUCGGAAGGCUCAAAACAGAGAAAUUACAGUUUUCAUCAUGUAUCUAGGGUCUGUCUUAAUGUUGGUGAUGCUCUUGCUAAAACAGGCAAGACUUAGCAAGAAGGAUUAUGUUGUAACUUGGUUGUAGUGAACAAUGUUUCAUAAUAAAAAAAUUGACAAAAAAAAAAUCGAGAGAACAAUAAAAAAAUAUUGUAAGGGAUUAAAGGUAAUGUUCUUCUCCGGAACAUGGUUGAUGAAACAAAUUAAAAGUCUUUUUUUGACAAAAAAAAUUAAAAGUUGAGGACAUUUACCAACUUAUUUUCAAAUAAGAAUUAUUGUAUUGUUAUUCUUUCUUUUGUCUAACCAAUGUGGGAACUUGUGAUUUGAAGAUUGAUAAGAGAUAUUCAUUGUUUUAUUCUUAUAAAAAACAAACAAUAGCAACUGAUUCUUAAAAUACGAAAAAAAAAAAAUUCUUUUAGGCAUCAUGGAAUAGAACCGCCAAAAGUUAAACGAUGAACUAGAUUCUUCUUUUUUUUUCUUCUUUUGACAACUUUCAAUAUUUAUUAAAGAAAAAUGUACAAUUGCAUGUGUAAUAUUUAGAUUUUCCCAAACAUUAUAUAGUAAUUUCCUUUUUUUCGGUAAAAUGUUAAAUAUUAUACCAAUUUUCAAAUUUUGAUAGAUGAUACAGAAAAAACUAGUAGCAGAAAAAAAAUAACGACAACAAAACACAAGAACAAACUACGAACAACAGCAAAGCCACAUACAAUGAACAUCACAACUCAAGGGAAAUACAAGAUUAACAACGAGACGGGCUCGAACCUAUCAAACCCGAGAACAACAUGAGAAACCUACAAGUUGCCGCGAGCUACUGAGAGAAGGGCGCCGUCUAACCCU